AUUGGUGCACAGUGAGGCAGGUGGGCGCGGCGUUGUACAGGCAGGAGAAGUAACAGAGUGUGUGAGGGAGAGAGGAGGGAGAGAUACAGUGUCCGUCCCCUUAUACACAGCAGCGGUACCAGUGACACGGCCUCCUCCUCCCGCGGAUUCACUGAAUGAGAGGAGAGAACCCUCAGCUCAGACACGUCCGGGAAGGCGCCUCUUCCUGUCACUCUCAGCCGGAGCCGCGAGGAGCCCAGCAGCUGCAAAUGGACGGAUUCGCCGGCAGCCUGGAUGACAGUGUUUCUGCUGCGAGUACCUCUGAUGUACAAGACCGCCUGUCUGCCUUGGAGUUAAGAGUUCAGCAGCAAGAAGAUGAAAUCAUUGUGCUUAAAGCGGCCCUGGCCGAUGUCCUCCGGCGCCUGGCCAUUUCCGAAGAUCAAGUGGCCACUGUCAGAAAAGCUGUGCCCAGCAAAGGUCCAGCCACACUGCGGGAGGCCCUGUCCAUGUCUUGCAUUACAAAUGGAGGUGCUGGCACCAGAAAACCAAGUCAUGCUACAUCUGUGGCUAAGAAGGAUACACUGUCAUCAGCUGCCAAAAGCGGCUCAGAGAAAAAGAAAAGCCAAGGAGUGAGAGAGAGAGAGGAAUCUCAUGCACAUGAUCAUAAUCUGCACAAUCCAUUAAAUCAAGCGUCCCCUUCUCCCCAGCCUUCCCCCCAGCCAGCCCAGACUCACAGACAAAAUCAGGAAAGCAAGAACCCCGCGUCAGCAAAAAGUGUAAAAAGAAGCUCCACCAUAGAGAAAUCACACAAUUCCUGGGAUGCCUCCGAGGAGAACCGCAAUAAACUCAUGAGAGCUACUUCUGCGUCUAAAUUGGCAUCGAAAGUUGCCAAAGCCACAGACAAGCAUAAAGAUAUUAUCAUCAGCCCAGCAAAAAUGUCCACAAGAGAAAAAAACAGCCAAGAAGGCGAAUAUAUAAAGAUGUUCAUGCGAGGCCGACCAAUCACAAUGUUCAUUCCUUCGGAUGUGGAAAACUACGAUGACAUCAGAACAGAACUGCCCCCCGAAAAAUUAAAAUUGGAGUGGGUUUUUGGUUAUCGGGGAAGAGACUGCCGAGCCAAUGUUUACCUCUUGCCUACAGGAGAGAUUGUAUAUUUCAUUGCAUCCGUAGUUGUGCUGUUCAAUUACGAAGAAAGGACUCAGCGGCACUAUCUCGGUCACACCGACUGCGUUAAAUGCAUUGCAGUGCAUCCAGAUAAAAUCAGAAUCGCAACAGGACAAAUCGCUGGGGUGGACAAGGAUGGAAGACCUCUACAGCCUCAUGUUAGAGUCUGGGACUCAGUGAGCCUCUCUACACUCCAGGUGAUCGGCCUCGGCACUUUCGAACGGGGCGUUGGAUGUCUGGCCUUUUCAAAAGCCGAUUCUGGGGUGCAUUUGUCCGUGAUAGACGACUCCAAUGAGCACAUGCUGACAGUCUGGGACUGGCAAAAAAAAUCUAAAAUAGCUGAAAUCAAGACAACGAAUGAAGUGGUGCUAGCUGUGGAAUUCCAUCCGACCGACGCCGGCACAAUAGUGACAUGUGGCAAGUCCCACAUCUUCUUCUGGACGUGGAGCGGCAAUUCUCUAGCCAGAAAGCAGGGGAUAUUUGGGAAAUAUGAGAAGCCAAAGUUUGUGCAGUGUUUAGCCUUCCUUGCAAAUGGAGAUGUCCUUGCCGGAGACUCAGGAGGGAUAAUGCUCAUAUGGAGCAAAACCAAUGUAGAAUCCACGGCUUCCAAAGGUGCAAAAGUUCUAGGUGUCUACCAAAUAAGCAAGCAAAUCAAAGCUCAUGAUGGCAGUGUGUUCACGUUUUGUCAAAUGAGAAAUGGGAUGCUGCUGACUGGAGGCGGCAAGGACCGGAAAGUCAUUAUGUGGGAUCAUGACCUUAAUCCGGAAAGAGAAAUAGAGGUUCCUGACCAAUAUGGUACCAUCCGAGCCGUGGCUGAAGGUAAAGGCGACCAGUUUUUAGUUGGAACAUCCCGGAACUUCGUUCUGCGAGGGACGUUUAACGAUGGCUUCCAAGUAGAAGUUCAGGGUCACACCGAUGAACUUUGGGGACUGGCAACUCAUCCAUUUAAAGACCUGCUCUUAACAUGCGCUCAAGAUAAGCAAGUCUGUUUGUGGAACUCCGUGGACCACUCGCUGGAAUGGACCAGAGUCUUAGACGAGCCGGGACACUGUGCCGAUUUCCACCCCACCGGAACUGUCGUAGCCAUUGGGACACACUCUGGAAGAUGGUUUGUCCUGGAUGCAGAGACAAGAGAUCUGGUAUCAAUACAUACAGACGGUAACGAGCAGCUCUCGGUAAUGAGAUACUCCGUUGAUGGGGCGCUGCUUGCCGUCGGCUCACACGACAACUUCAUUUACCUCUACAACGUGUCGGAGAACGGGAGGAAGUACAGCAGAUAUGGAAAAUGCAGUGGUCAUUCCAGUUACAUCACUCAUCUUGACUGGUCCCCGGAUAAUCAGUACAUCAUGUCUAACUCGGGCGACUAUGAAAUAUUAUACUGGGACAUUCCAAGUGGCUGUAAACUGAUCCGUAAUCGUUCGGACUGCAAAGACAUCAACUGGACAACGUACACGUGUGUGCUAGGAUUUCAAGUAUUCGGAGUGUGGCCGGAAGGAUCCGAUGGAACAGAUAUUAAUGCGCUGGUGCGGUCCCAUAAUAGGAAAGUCAUUGCUGUUGCUGAUGACUUUUGCAAAGUCCACUUAUUUCAGUAUCCCUGCUCCAAACCAAAGGCUUCAAGUCACAAGUACAGCGCUCACAGUAGCCACGUAACCAACGUCAGCUUCACGCAUAGCGACAGCCACUUGAUUUCCACAGGAGGAAAGGACAUGAGUAUCAUGCAGUGGCGACUCAUAGAAAAGCUUUCCCACUCUCAGAAUGACAAUGUUGUGGAAAGCAGCAGUGCAGUAAGUUCACCAGUUGUAAGCGACAAAGUGCUGCAGCCCGACGCUCCCACCACGGUGCCACAAGCUGUAAACGAGGCAACUGAGGAGGAGCAAGCGCCCGCAGAAUCUACGACUCACCCGGAGGAUGCCCUUGAGCAGGAGGAACAGCAGCCUCAGGAUCUCAAUGAUGAGCAGAGUGAAAAGUCCAGUCCACCGACUGAAGAGGCCAAUGGUCACGAACCCUCAGAAGAAGCGAGAGAGGAACAAGCCGACCCGCCUACCGCCAACGAUACCCAAGAAGAUGCCCAGGAUGAUCAUUCACCGUUGUCUUAACAAUGUUGACCACAAUGGUACUUUUCUUUUUAUGUGUAACCUGGUGAUUGUGCUUUCUUAAUGGGAAGAGGGUUUUACUAGCGCGAGCGUAAAUGGCUGCCAGUGUUACACCUGCGCGAGUCUCUAUCGCCUGUUUCAGAUAUGAAACUGUGCCUUGGAAUAAAACGACCCUGUGUCCAAACCAGCCAAAGGUGAAGCCAUAGAGAGUUCUGCAUCUGAUUUGGGGAAAAAAAAAAGGUUUGUUGUAAAUAUUUUGUUGGGUCGUGGUUGGGUCAAUAAGGACAAAAAUAAUCAUAGAAACACGAAAUACAGAAUGUUGCAAAAUAAAAUACAAUUUGUGCAUAAUGUCUAGAUGCAUAUACAUACAGGCCGAAGGCUAAACCGAAAAAGGAAUGAGAAUAUUGUAUUUUUGGCGCUACGUUGGUCAACUCAUAUGCAAAUUUCUUAUGGAUCUACAGUUGCCCUAUUUGCUGCUGGCUCUUUAAGGACUGUUAAUAAUCUAAUAACAUCUGAACAACAUCGCUAACAGCACAGGCAUUGCCGAUCUAGUGUUAUCCUGACCAAGACUUCUUGAAGGGGAUUCCCGUUCACCCACAUCCCAUCUAAUCCUGUACAAUAAACUGGAGAGAACUUCCAUUAAAUUUACAACCCAUGGCAGAUACACAUGAAUAAAUCUCUUGCUGGAAUUUCUAAAUCUUUUUUUUUUUAAACUAUAAUCCUUUUAGGUAAAGCAGGAAAUCUAAUCAUUGAAUUUUAUCAAAGGAUGUAUGAAACCCCCCUGACGCAUUUCGCACACCGCAGGUCUCUUUAUGAGUAAGCAUUUCCUUUUGUUUGUGAAAACUCCGCCUGCACAAACUAUUCAUGUAACUUUCUGCAUUGUUGGAACCUUUUUAGCAUAGUUUAGACCAUGUUUUUCUGUUUUCGAGGGUUGAAAUGAUAAGUCUUAAGUGUGCAAGCGUUUACGUUAUGGCGCCAUUCCAAAGUGCAUCAAAACCGUCAUUCCCUUUUGACUUCUCAGGAGAAUUGCUAUGGAUCAGGUAUUUAGUCAUCUAACAUAUCUACAGGAGAGUUUUUCAGGCUGUGUGCAUGUGUAUAUAGAUAUAUGUUUAUCUUCAUAUUGGUGUGAAUAAAUUCACACGCAAGUUUCUCAAAAUCUACACUAUCGUAUUCUCUUGUUUACAAAGUUCCUAGAGGAAUAAAAUGUAGAUUCCUGUCAAGAAGUGCGUUUAAUCCAGCGUCAUCCAACCUCAGGAUUUUGGAGGACUAACGGUAGGACGGUGCUGCGUUUAAACCCCUUUUAAGAACCAGAGAGUUUGUAGCGAAACGCGUUAGCAACUUCUCUGAGCCAAAAGCUUAUGGUGGCCCAUGUGCUUUCAGUUGUGUCCCUGAAUUUUUUACAAGAAGUGCGUUUAAUCCAGCGUCAUCCAACCUCGGGAUUUUGGAGGACUAAGGGUAGAACAGCGCUGGGUUUGAACCCCUUUUUACCACCAGAGAGUUUGUAGCGAAACGCGUUAGCAACUCCUCUGAGCUAUAAGAUGACUGUGCCCCAUCUGCUUUCAGUUAUGUCCCUGAAUUUUCGUCAAGAAGUGUGUUUAAUCCAGCGUCGUCCAACCUCAGGAUUUUGGAGGACUAACGGUAGGACAGUACUGCGUUUAACCCCUUUUUACCACCAGAGAGUUUGUAGCGAAACGCGUUAGCAACUCCUCUGAGCCAAAAGGUUACGGUGCCCCAUGUGCUUUCAGUUAUGUCCCUGAAUUUUCGCGAAGAAGUGAAUUUAAUGUAGAGUCAUCCAACCUCAGGAUAUUGGAGGACUAACGGUAGGACAGCACUGCGUUUAAACACCUUUUAAGCACCAGAGAGCUUGUAGCGAAACGCGUUAGCAACUCCUCUGAGACAAAAGCUACGGUGGCCCAUGUGCUUUCAGUUAUGUCCCUGAAUUUUUUACAAGAAGUGCGUUUAAUCCAGCGUCAUCCAACCUCGGGAUUUUGGAGGACUAACGGUAGAACAGCGCUGGGUUUGAACCCCUUUUUACCACCAGAGAGUUUGUAGCGAAACGCGUUAGCAACUCCUCUGAGCCAAAAGGUGACGGUGCCCCAUGUGCUUUCAGUUAUGUCCCUAAAUUUUCGUGAAGAAGUGAAUUUAAUGUAGAGUCGUCCAACCUCAGGAUAUUGGAGGACUAACGGUAGGACAGCACUGCGUUUAAACACCUUUUAAGCACCAGAGAGCUUGUAGCGAAAUGCGUUAGCAACUCCUCUGAGACAAAAGCUACGGUGGCCCAUGUGCUUUCAGUUAUGUCCCUGAAUUUUUGUCAAGAAGUGCGUUUAAUCCAGCACUGUCCAAUUUUGGGAUUUUGGAGGACUAAGGGUAGGACAGCACUUCCGUUAAACCCCUUUUAAGCCCCAGAGGGUUUGUAGCGAAACGCGUUAGCAGCUCCUCUGAGCCAAAAGGUUACAGCGCCCCGUGUGCUUUCAGUUAUGUCCCUGAAUUUUCAUUUAAGACUAAACUGGAAAAACAAUUGAAGACAAAAGAUAAGGGUUAAAAAAAACAAAGAUAUAUAUUAGUACAAUAUAGACUCUAAAUACACAUUUCUUUAAAGGAAAAAAAAAAUCAAAGUAAUAGUUGGCGUUUAAAGGAAGAAGCGUUUUGUACGGUUUAUGGAAAGUUCUAAUAUGCAAAAAAGCUUUACAGCCUUUAUAACGUCGGCAACGGUUUUUAAUGUAAUUAAAUAUGUGAUGAUUGGGGAGGGGCAGGGGAUCGAAAUAUGUAACUGUAGAUGUUUUUUUUGGGGUAGAAUAUUGUGAAUGAAAUCUGAAUACGCGUGUUUCUUGUGAAGAUGUUUGAGCCAUUUCUAUCUCAUGCAUUCCUGUCCGACGACAGUAACAUUUGUUUUUUUUUUAUUUCUUUUGGAAAUUAAAAGCAAAAUAAAAUAUCUUUCGGUA